AUGCUCUGCGUUCCCGGCUACAGGCCCUCUGUUCGAGGCUUUGGAAACGUUAACACUCGAGACCUCAACUGCUCUCCUCCCCCUCCUCUCGCACUUCCCCUUUUCCGCCCUUCCAUCGCCUUUCUUGACGGUGGCGCCUUAAGCUCGGAAAUGACGCUAUCUGGUCUGUACGCGGCUGCACCCAGGCUUGCGGUUGGCGCACAACGCCAUGAGGAGCGAUUUCAACAGGAGGCGUCGGGUAGAUUUGCAGGAAAGAGAUGCACGUCUUGGAUAGACUGGUACGGGGAGGUGUUGUGCGAUGCGGAGGAGUUGAAAGAGAAAGGGUCCUCAUCGCCAGGCAAUUCGGACUACGCGGCAUUCAAGCCCCUGCCCUUUGAAUGCGCGCACGCAAUCCCGCCCUCGCUCAACGAGCCCCCAUUCAAGAUCGUGCUCUAUGCAGACCAUAUGGCUGAUAGUUUCGCGCCGAUCCAUGCCGCGUUGCUGUUGUUGGAGCCAGGGGUUGAAUACGCUCUUCUGUGGGCGCGGACUGCUCGGUCCGGCGAAGGCAAGGGCAGUCUUACGGACGGGUACGGGGUUGCGCUCGACCUAAAGAAGACGGGCUACCUGGUUAUUGGCGACCGUGCUCAUCGCUCGGACGACGCGGCGUCUUCGACGGGCAACGAGGAUGCCGGAGGAAAUAAUAACCCGCAUAAGUCGCUGCCGUAG